AUACAUUUAGCCAUGUCAUAAGGUUCGUCACUUUACAGAGUUGUUAAUGAAUGUCCUUGGACGGAAUAAGUUUAUAGAAUGACUAAAAUUACCAAUGUUACAAAUUUGAUAGAGCGUUCCUGCCCUUUCGACCGCCACAAGAAGGCCGCGAGAAGCCGUUAUAAGUACCCUGCAGCAACUGCGAGAAGGCCCAGAGGGAAGAAUACCAGUUGCCAUGCAAAUCAGUAGUAUUAUAUAACCCGUCUGGUUUGUACUUUGCAAACAGCUCAAUCCUUGCCCAAUUACUGCAGAUUCAGAUCCCUCCAAAACCCAAUUAAAUACAAUUUGUGCAAAUGAUCAUUGAAGAGAGUUACACAAGACAGUUUUUGAUCCUUUGACAGUAAUUAGUCCAAAUCCUCAAAUAUAAUAAAAUCAAUGUCAGGUUCUACUUCUAGGUAUCUCUUCAGUAAUGGCAUCCUUUCACACACCUUAGAUGUUCCUCCAGCCAAGGUCUUUCUUGAAGCUCAUCCAGGUGCUUACACAACAUCACGUACUCUCAAUAAUGCUUCAUGCUUGUUGUUUUGGGAAAGACACAUGAAAAGACUUUCAGAGUCUAUACAAAUUCUGUCAAAUUUGGCACCACAACUUUUAUCAAAAUCUAAUAACGCUGCUGCAAGUUUGCUUCCAACAUCACCAAAUUUGCCAGUUUGGCAACCUGUAUUGAAAACGCUUGUCAAUGAUUCACUAGGCAAGGUCUUGCCCAUUGCAUUGAGAGAGAGGGUUGAUUCGGAGGAGCUGGCCAUUACAACUCUUGUUAGUGGUAAUUUGGAGGAAUUGAAUGUAUGUGAAACUAUGAGUGAGGAAAAAAUGAGUAAUUUUUUUGAUGUGCGUGUGCAUGUUGAGACUUAUGUUCCCCUUGAAUUUGGUAUCCGUGAAAAUGGUGCACAUUUGGCUGUUGGAGGCUAUGGGAGAAACAUUGCAUCUGCAAAAUAUUCAGAUUGGGUAAGGAUUAGGAAGAAUCUGGAAAAGCUAAGACCUCCAUCGGUGACAGAACUAUUGCUGUCUUAUAAUGGUGAUCAAAUACUGGAAGGUUGUAUCACAAAUUUUUUCGUUGUCUGCCGCAAGGAUCGGGAUUCCAAUGAUGGGAAUGCCUCAUGUGAUUAUGGAAAUAAAAACUCCUUUGAAGUGCAGACAGCUCCUAUCAGUGAUGGUGUUCUUCCAGGAGUAAUACGCCAACUAGUGCUUGAGGUAUGCAGAAAUGAAGGAAUCACAUUUCGAGAAGUUGCACCAUCAUGGUCAAAACAUGAAAUCUGGGAGGAAGCAUUCAUCACAAAUAGCUUGAGGCUUUUGCAACACGCAGAUAGUAUUCAGGUUCCAACAGAAUGGCAAUCAGCCCAAUCUAAAACAUGGAAGGAUAUAUCAUGGACAAAAAAGCAAUUUCUGGUGGGAGGACCUGGGAUGAUCACAACUUUAAUCCAGGAAAAGGUUAUGGAGAAAGCAAUUAUGGAAGGGUACCCAAUAAGUAACAUAUGUACAAGGUGAAGAUACUGCUUCUUUGCUUGGAUGAAAUGGAGAGCGGUUGACCUUCUCUUUUUCUCCCUCUUGUGUUGGCAAGUACACUGACAAUGCCAUAGUUUCUCAAUGAGUGGAUGAAAAUGUAAUAAUCACUUGGAAGAUGUCCAUAUGAAGUCUAAACUCUAAACAACUGUAUCAAUAAGUCAGGGACCAAAAUAGAAACAAAAUAGUAUAUAUAAAUCAUAAAUAACUUCAUAGACCACCUCCAAAGGGGCUCAUCUCCAUUUUGCUUAACAAGCACUGUUGACUAUAAAUAAUUUAGUAUUUGCAAGUUGCAAGUACCUGGUUCUUGUCUCAAAA